AUGGUUGGUAUAUUUAAUAAAAGGGUAUGUAAAUGAUUAAUUGUGGAUGAUGUCAAAAAUAUAAAAUUAAUUACUUACUAACUAUGAUGUUUUAAGAGAAGUAGACCAGAUUCUUAUCAAGGUUUUAGUAAAUAUGCUCAUGAAAUUAAUAACUAUCACAAUCAACAACAAGAACAACAACAACAACAUUUAAAUGCAGGAUUACCUGUUCAAUCCACUCAAGUUAGAAGUCAAUCAAUGACUAGUGCAAGUCAAGCUGCUGCUGCUGCUUUAAGAUUACAUUCUUCACCAAUAAAACAAAGUCCAUCUCAUCAAACUUUAGCUCAAAAACAAUAUGGUAGACUGAAUUCAUUAAGUUAUGCAAAUGCAAAUAGAAUUAAUGGUAAUAGAUCAAAUUCUUUAAGAUCAAAUUCGUUAAAACAGUAUACUUAUACGCCAAAACCAUCAUAUUCACCAGGUCCAUUAAAAGAACCAACCAAAUCUCAACCAAGAAGAUAUAAUAGUCUUAAUUCUAAUGCUUCUUAUAUACCCAAAUCUGUUAAUCUUCAUCAACAAGAUUUCAUUGAAGAAGAAAAUGAUCGAGAUUUUGAUGAAGAAGAAAUUACUGUUACUACUACUGAAACUAAAAUUUUAGAUUCUCAAGGUAGAGUCACUAGUAUCACCACGAAAAUUGUUAAACAAUUACCUGAUGGUUCAGAAGUUGUAGAAACAAAAACUAAAAAUAUUUCAAGAAUGAAUUCAAGAGCAAAUUCUUUAAGUUCAACAAGUCAACCUCCAAAUUUUAAUAGAACUAAUUCAAUUACGAACCAAACUAAUUUGAAAAAGAUUGAUGAACAUUUACAUAAUUUUGAUUAUGAUUAUCAAGUAGAUUCGAAUACUCAACAACAACAACAACAACAACAACAACAACCGUUAAAUUUGAAUCAAGAAAAUGAAAUUAAAGAAUUGGGUCCACCAUUUGAACAUAAUAAUAAUAAUAUUAAUAAUAAUAAUAAUAAUAAUAUUAAUAAUAAUAAUAAUAAUAAUAAUAAUAAUAGUAGUAUUCAAAGAACUUCUUCAAUUGCAUCACUGCAAAAACCAUUAAGAUCAAUUUUGAAAUCUACACCUAGACCUAAUUUCGAUGAUGCAAAUGAACAAAAUAUAACUGCUUCUUCAUCACCUACUGAUCAUCCAUAUAAAUCACUAAGAGAUAAUAAACUAAUUUCAAGUCCACCACAACAAGCUCAACAACAAUUUUCACAACAACAAUUUUCACCUCAAAAUGGUUUAACUUCACCUGCUAGUUCAAUCAAAUUUAAUGAUAAUGUAACUACAAUUCCAAUCCAAGCUGAUAAAAAGAAAAACAUAUCAUCACCACCUCAAAUUUCAAAACCAAAAGCUUCUAAUCAACAAAUUGAUGCUGAUUUUUAUGCUGCGGCAAUGCAAGCAGCAUAUAAGAAAGUAUAUGGAGAAAAUGCAGUUCCACCACCACAACCACCACAACCAAUUCAACCAAUUCAACAAUCUUCUCCACUUCAAGAUAAUCCUGAAUUAAAUGAAAAACAUAAAAAAUUUGGUUUUAUUCCAUUAUCUCCAAAAAAACAAGAACAUCAACCAAGAACAAAUUCAAUUGAUUCAUUAGUUGAAAAUAAAUUAAAAAAAGAUCAUGAUGCGUUUGAAAGAAAAAAUGAAGUUGAACAACAACAACAAGUACCUUCAAAUUAUAAAUAUCAGAAUCAUUAUAAAGAAUUUGCUGUUCAUUCAAUGAGAGAUGAUCCUAAAAUAAAUAAGGGAAAAGCAAAAGAAGAAAAGAGAAGAGCUAAAGAACAAGCAGAAGAAGAAAAAAAAAUAGCUAAAGAACAAGCAGAAGAAGAAAAAAGAAGAGCUAAAGAACAAGCAGAAGAAGAAAAAAGAAGAGCCAAAGAACAAGCUGAAGAAGAUAAAAGAAGAGCCAAAGAACAAGCUGAAUUAGAAAAGAAGAGAAAGAAAGAAGAACGUAAAUCUAAAUUCCGGAAUUUCUUUGGUUUAAAUAAAGAUAAAAGAAGAAAUAGUUAUAAUAGUUCUAAUAGUAUUGGUGGUUCAUCAUUUGAAAGUAAUCAAAAACCAAAAGAACAAGAAUUAACUACAUCACCGAUUCAACAACCAAUUAAAGAAACAAAUGAAGUUCCUCCUCAAGCAUUUGCAGCAACAACACAACUACAACCGAUUAAUGAAUCUACAGUUGGAGCCGUUCAAAAUUCACCAAUCCAACAAUCAAAUCAACCAGUUCAAAAUACAACAAUUAUUGAAGAAGAACCAGUUAUAAUAGAACAACCAAAACAACCAACUUCACCAUCAAGAAAACCAGUACCUGAAUCUCCAUUAAUUGAAAAAGAAAAUCCAAUUUCAUCAAAAGAUAUUUCAAAACCAAUAGAUUCAAAACCAAUUGGACCUAAUCCAAUUGAAUCAACUCAACAAGGUAAUAUUGUAAAACCAGUAGAAACAGAACCAGAAUUAACUCAAGAUACAACAGUUAUUGAUUCACAAAUUUAUAGAAUUUCAGUACCUCGUACUAUUUCAGAUGAUGCAAUUUAUCCAUCACCAAAUAUUAAUAAUUCACAAAGAUUAUCAAAGUUUUAUUCUGCAACUAAUGAAACUCCAUUACAAUCAAAACAAUCAGUGAUUCAAAAACCUCAAUUGGGUGAAAUUGAAGAUGGUGAUGAUGACCAUGAAAAUGUAGAUGAAUUUAAAAGCUUAAAUGAUGAAGAUUUAGCUGAUUUUGAGGAGAAGGAUGGUACUGGUGUUUAUAAAGAAGAUGAUGGAGAUGAUGAUAUUAGUGUUUAUGAUGAUGAAGGUGUUAGACCUGUUAAUUCAAAGAAAGAUUUGUCAAAUGUUGAAAAUACUACUACUUAUGAUAAUUCAAAAGAAAUAAAAACUAAUGACUUUAGCAAUGCUGCUGCGUAUGAAUCAGAUCGAAUAUUGAAUGAAGCUUAUACUGCUGGUUUAAACAAAGGUGCAAAUCGUGAAGCUCAAAUCACUGAUUCGAGUUAUAAUACUGGUUUAUCUAAAGGUGAAGAAAUUGUUGAAAUUCCAAAUCAAGUAAAUGAUAAAUUUGGACUAGAAAAAGCUGUUUCUGAUGUUUAUCCAAGAGAUGCUCAUCAUGAUGAACAAUUUGUGAAUUCAAAUUACAAUACUGGGUUAUCAAGAGGUGAAGAAAUAAUUAAAAAUUAUAAAGAUAAUAAAGAUCAUCGUGAAUCAGAAAUUAUAGAUGCUUAUGCCGCAGAACCAUAUGAGAAAAUAUCCAAAAAUGAUGCAAUUGAACCUAAAGAAUCAUCAAGUUAUGAACAAGUUGAAAAACCAGUAGAGAAUGAUGUUACACCGCAGAUUAAUGCAACUCCAAAUUUUAGUAAUCAUAAUGUUUCUGAUGAAGUUAAACCAUCUGCAUUUGUAAAAGAUCAUACUCAUUCUAAUAAUCAUGGAUUUAUACCACCUUUACAGUCACAACAAAGACAACAACAACAAAAGCCAUCAGUUGCAACUGAUGAAACAACACCAAUAAGUAAUAAAUCAUAUCCAAAUACAAAUAAUUCAACAGUACAGACUGAACCCGAAUUAAUAGAAGCUGAACCUGACUCACAGAUUAACGAAUUGGUAGUUGAUGAAAAAGCAAGUAAAAAGAGUAGGAAACAGAAGAAACCAAGUAAAUUUAAAGAAAAAUUUUUUAAAUAUUUUAUUAAUACUUAUGAUUGA